AUGGGCGGUGCUGGCGGCGGCCCGCUGUUGAACAACAACCCAUGGGGCAACGUGGGAGGGCUGCCGCUGCCGCCGCCGCCGCCUGCCCAACAACAACAGCUGAUGGGCUCGGACGCUGCGGCCGCCGGCCCGGAGGGGGGUCCCCAGCCUCUGCGUCGUCUGGGUUCCGCCUCUACGAGCAGCCUGCAGGGGGAGGCUGCAGCAGCCGCGGCAGCGGCGGCAGGUCCUGGCGCUGGCGGCAGGAGCAGGGUGGCGCAACCCCGCAUGGUCGCCUUUCCCAUGCCUCCGGAGCAGCUCCGGGAUCGGCUGGUGACUGACAUGCAGCUCCUGCUGUGCCUCCCCCGCACCCUGCGUGACCGAGUGCUGCGAACCGUGCCGCCGGAGCGGCUGGCGGCGAAGCCGCCGAUGCCGCCGCCGCCGCCGGCUGUCGUACGGCAGACGGCCAGCGGCGCCGCCGGCGGUGUUGUUGUACGGCCAGCGGCGUCGAAGCUGUAUACGAUGAUGUUGGGCGGCGACGACGGCCCCGCGGUUUCGGAGCAGCCCAGCGUCGUACAGCAGUUGCGGCCGCGAGGACGGGGGCAGGGAGGAGGGGGGCUGAGUACUAUCGGCGAGGAGAUGACGAGCAUGGGAGGAUUCAGCUCUGGCGGCGGCGGGAAUGGCGGAGGCGGAGCGGACGGGAGGCGCUUCUCGGCGUUUCACCAGAUUCCUGGGUUCCAAUCUGGGCCGCUGUCAGCACUGCCGUACCACUUCACAGCGGCAGCAGCAGCAGCUGGCGGCAUGCAUGGCUCGCCCGCCGCCCUGCUUCCCGGUUCAGCUCCGAGCCCGGGCCGGCCCCUUCCAGCGGUACCGCUGUUUGGACCCAUGGGUCGGUCCCUCCUCAACCUUCCAGGACCCAGCGGCAGCCCGGCUCGCGGUGAGGCUGGUGGGCUGGGUGGUUUCGGCGCUGCGGACAGCCGCUUCCGCCCACCUGCGCCACCGCCGCCGCCGCUGCCUGCGCUGCCACCGCCCCUGCCGCCACCCCCCGGCUUUCCCCCACUGCCGCUGUCCAUGCCCUGGCGCCUGCCGGCUCCGGAACCAGCGGCCCAGCUGCCGAAUGCAGUGCAACCGGGCGUGUCGCCGCCGCCGCCACCGCCGCCUGGCAACUUCCCGGCUGCUCCUCCUCCUCCUCCUCCUCCUUCCGCUCAGCCGGCGGUGCCGCCGCUAGGUCGUCCUGCCGUACCA